CACCGACGUCGUACAUCCUCCCUCGCCCUUCGAACGCAGCCUCGCCGCCGAAGGCACUCCACUCUACCCUCGACUCCGCCGGCGUGCUUCAGGGCCGCCACUUCGCGCGCCGCAGGAAGCCGCCUCACGCAGCCCAUCUGCCGUCUGUGCGCCAUACCGUCCGUCUGGAGAUCGGAGCUGCAUCGACAUCAUCACCGUGCCCAACCAGCUGCCGCUCCGCCUGCGACACCUUGCGCGAUCCCGCCGACGCUGCACCACUGCAGCUGCAUCGCCUGCGACCCAUCCUCACCACCGACCGGCUCCUCGUCAUCUCGCCUGCUGCGCUGUCGACGUCGCGCCGUCCGCUUGGCGCACCGCCGCCGCAUCGAGCACGAUCACCAGGACACAAAGGACCCGAAGCCACCGAGCGAACAAGCCGCGCGCGCUUGCUGGCCGCAUUCCACACGCUGCACCUCUCCACAUUUGCCAUAGUCAACUAUUGAGAGCACUACUCGCACGAGCGUAACCACGCGCAGAGCUGCACAUCUGCACUGCCGGAGCUGGCCUCACCACCGACAGCGGUUUGGGGUCGUCCUUGUAAUCGCCUGAGCUCGCUGGAGCCGUCGGGCUAUCCCGACUUGCAUCGCCAUGGGCGCGUGUAUGAGCAGCGGUGAUGCCCAAGAUGGGGAACAGAAGAAGCGCAGUCAGGCGAUCGACCGAACGCUUGAGGAGGACUCAAAGAAGCUACGUCGAGAAUGCAAGAUAUUACUUCUGGGAUCCGGCGAGAGCGGGAAGAGUACAAUCGUCAAACAAAUGAAAAUCAUACAUCAGAAUGGAUAUUCAGUGGACGAAUUGGCGCUCUAUCGCCAUACCAUUUACAAGAACCUUGUGGACUGCGCAAAGGCUUUGGUUGGUGCUAUGCGCCAGUUCGAGAUCGAGGUCGAAGACCCGGCAAAUCGGGAAUUGACUGACUACAUAAUGGAGUACACAGUCGAUCCGGAUCCGCAACAGGCGCUGGACCAACGCGUAGGAGAAGCCAUUGCAAGCAUAUGGAAAGAUCCCUGCAUCGCAUCUCUGUUGGACGCGCACGGGAACGAGUUCUACCUCAUGGACUCGGCGCCUUAUUUCUUUGACGAAGUCACGAGAAUAUCAGCACCCGAUUAUAUUCCCACCGAAGCUGAUGUACUGCGGGCACGAACAAAAACCACUGGUAUCUAUGAGACCAGAUUCCAAAUGGGCCAGCUCAGCAUACAUAUGUUCGACGUCGGCGGCCAGCGUAGCGAACGAAAGAAAUGGAUCCACUGCUUCGAGAAUGUCACGUCAAUAAUAUUCUGCGUGGCAUUAUCUGAAUAUGAUCAGGUCCUGCUGGAAGAGAGCAGCCAAAAUCGGAUGAUGGAAUCUUUGGUUCUGUUCGACUCAGUGGUAAACUCGAGGUGGUUUAUGCGGACAUCCAUCAUCCUGUUUUUGAACAAGGUGGAUCUGUUCCGAGCCAAGCUGGCCAAAUCACCGCUCGGAAACUACUUUCCGGACUAUUCCGGCGGAAACGAUGUGAAUCGCGCUGCGAAAUAUCUAUUAUGGCGAUUCAAUCAGGUCAACCGGGCACAUUUAAAUUUGUAUCCUCACCUUACACAAGCCACGGAUACCUCCAACAUUCGCCUUGUUUUUGCUGCAGUAAAAGAGACCAUUUUGCAGAACGCACUGAAGGAUUCAGGCAUAUUAUAGCAUAUUGCCGAACUUGGCACAUUUUCCAUUUACAGAGCCAUCUGAACUACCUAGGGCGGCGUCAGGACGCAUCACAGGAAACCCUUCUUUAUGAAAAAUACCGGGACAUUGCAAGCGGGCGUUCAGCGGGGCAGCCGUCGGGAAUCAGCAGCGCAGGUCGAAUGCGGCAGAAUGGGUUCUGGAACGGAGGUCGUUUGUCUGUUGUGCUACAUUGGCAUUAGCAUUCUAUGCCACGGCUCGCGCUUGUAUCAGGUUGGAAACGCGAUACACGGAAGAGGGACAAAAAGCUGAAGGGGCGCGCUUGCCUUCAUAUCUUGUGUUGGGGACAAGGCUUCGCAAGCGACGUGAGAGGGCGUUGAAGCAUGUCUGCUCUGACGUGAGGAAGUCAGCUUUGACGAGGAACUCGACAAUGGCUUACUUCGUAGGUCGGAGGCUUUUCAUUGAACACGCCCCGGACUACCAACAAGCGCCGUGAGGACAUCUGCAAACGUUUUGCUCGACGAGUACUUUGAGAUAUAUCACAUGAGCCUUCGAGAGCGA